AUGGAGAACCUGCAAGUGCUCCUCGGAUUGAUCGGAUUAAUCCUGAUUCCAGGAUCGGUGGAGAGUAGGCCAGGUGGAAUGGAAUUGCAGUCGCACUACCUGCAGGCCAUCGCUGCCUAUCGGCGGCUGGAGAGGAUCCUACCCAAGGAGGAGCUGAGAGCUGUGACGGGGUUAGGGCUACUGAAUGGUGCCCGCCAGGCGGAGGAGCAGAUGGAACAGAACUUGGUGGAGGCUGUCAGGGAGUUGCUGUACCAAAUGAAUCUCACGGAGAGCAAGCGGGUCAUGUCCAAGAUCGAUGCCAUUGAACACCAGCUGACUCGGGACCAGAGAGCCAUGGAAAUUCUCAAUCGAGUAAUGGAUGUGGUGUCCCAGGCCAAGGACGAUCAUGAGUUCAGGGUGGAGCUUAGGGAAAUGGCCCAGCAGCAGAAGGAGGAGGAGCUGUACAACCAGGAGCUCUCUGCCGAUCUCACAGAUCAGCCAAAACUAGGAGAGAGAUUGGGAAAACUGCGGCUGAACAUCAUUAAGCAGGUUCCCCAAAUGAAAAACGAACUGGAGGCCAAGAUUGAGAAGGCUCUGCAGCAUCUAUUGAAACAGGCUAGUGAGGAUGGGCUGCUGGCCAAGGCCAGGCAAAAGGUUAUCCGCAAGAGACAGAUCAAAAUGGAGGUGGAGCAGAGAAGACGUGAAGCGGAGCAGAUGGAACAGGACGAGCCGGAGGAGGCGGAUCAGCGUCAGAUGCCUGAGGAAAUGAGGAUUAUCAAGUCCAUAUUGUCGGAGGCUCAUGACUUGCGCUUCCAGGAUGACUUUCAGGAAAACCUGCUGGAUCAGCCGCCGCCGAGGAGAAUCAAAAUAGAACCCAAUCCCACGGAGCUCGAUGACCUGGAACUAAACGUAAAGUCGCCAAAUGUUACAGCCAAGGCCAAAGGUAAACCGAAAGCGAAUGCCAGGCCGGAGAAGCAGGUGGAAGCGGAGGGCACAGGUUCCUCGGAAUUGGCCACGGAUGACAACGAUGAUGGUGAGGGGGAUCCUGGAGCAGGCGACGGUGGUGGUGGAGGCGGCGGUGGCGGUGGCCUGGUGGGAAUCAUUGGCAGUCUCAGCGGUGGUGAAGGAGGUUCCGAUGUGGGAGCUCUAAUUGGUGCCCUUACUGGCCUGGUUUCCACUCUGUUUGGGCCUGGUGGCCUAGAUGUCCAAGGCUUGAUCCAAACUGGAACUUCACUCAUUUCUGGUCUUUUGGGUGGCAACAAGAACUUUGGCCUCGUCCUGGGACAAUAUGUGGGCACUGCCUUGGAUGGACUUUCUGGGGGAGGUGGAGCGAUCAACAAUGGCCAGUUUCUGGGCAACUUCCUUGGCACUGUCUUGGCCGCCCUCAGCGCAGAUCCCGAGGAGGAGGGACCGCCUCAGCCCUUUGUCUUCACCAAGAACCUAAUCACCAGCUUUCUGGAGGCAAAGUUCCGUCCGAAUUCGGAGGAGGGUUCAGAGGAACGCCACGGAAGCUCAGAGCUGCCACGACCGCGCAAGAAGAAAGAAGGAGGCGGAUGGGCGGCGGCGGCAGCAAGUAACUUUGAUUCUGGAGGAUUUGUUAAGCAGGUGGCCUCCCACCUGGUAAGCAAUGCCUUGGGCUUGAUCCUGAACGCUGGUCUGGGCGCAGCCGGAGGAGCCUCGAGUGCGGCCAAGAAUCUGUUCGCCAGCAGCAGCAUGGGUCACCAUGGCAAGCCGGCGGAUCAUCAUCGAUCUUGGAACACCUACGCCUACGACAAUGAGCCAUUCUAG